AUGGACAUAUUUGGAAUUUUUCGAAUUAGAAAAUCUUAUUUUGGAAAAUCGAAAAAAGAAAAUAUAAUACCACUAUAUGAAAGGAAAAGUAGAGAAAAAUUUAAAAAACAAAAAUUAUUAAAAAAAAUAAAAAUAAGAAAUUUAUAUCUUGAUAAUAAUGUGAUAUCUAAUAUUGUUGCCAAUAAAAAUAAAUUCCGAAAUAUAUUUUCUAAUAACAAUUUUCAAAUCUUAUACAAACCCAAGUAUAAUUUGGUCGAUAAUAAUGAUGAAAAUCGUGAUGAAAAUCGUGAUGAAAAUUGUGAUGAAAAUUGUGAUGAAAAUUGUGAUGUCAAAUGUAAUAACAGGUCAGACAUAAAUUUGAGUAAUUAUCUCAAAAUUGUCAAUGAAAUAUGUUUAUUUGAAAAAAGAAAUGAAAAUGGAAAUAAUAUUUUGAUGGAUGAAAAUGGAAAUAAUAUUUUGAUGGAUGAAAAUGGAAAUAAUAUUUUGAUGGAUGAAAAUGAAAGUAUUAGCCAAAUAAAUCAAGAGUUAGUGAAUUAUACACAUUUAAAAAAAUUAUACUUUUUUAUUAGAAAAAAAAAUAACCAUCAUGUUGUUAAAUAUAUAAAUAAUACCAACUUGUUAAAAUUAUCAAUUUUUAUGAAUUUAAAAAAUAUUAGAAAUUAUGUGAUUGAAAAUGAAUUAUUGAAAAGGUUAUGUGAAGAAGGCAUACAAAAUGAAAAAAAAAAAGGUGAAAAAAAAAGUGAAAAAAAAAAAAGUGACAAAAAUGUAGAUCACCCAUUCUAUUUUAGCAAAAUUAACAUUUUCUAUGUUUUUGAAUUUCUUCAUCAUAUUGGGCUAAAUAAUGUGAGAACAAAAAGGAAUGUUAUAGAAGAAGUGGGUAAGACAGUUAAUUAUCCUAUGUGGUCAUUUUAUAAAUUAGAAAAUUUGUAUACAUCAUUAUUAAAACAUUUAAUAAAUAAUUAUAUUUUAGAGAAUAAUGAUAUUAUAAAAUUAUUAUUUUUAGGAGAUAAAUAUUUAUAUUUUAACAAAAAUUUAUUUAAUUAUUUAGAUAAUACAAUAUCUAUGAGAUUUGAAAAUUUUGAUGAACAUGACAUAACAUUUAUAUGCAAACAUUUAAACAAAAUUUUAUUUUCUAUUUCAAUAGGAAUAAAUAAUAUUAAUUAUGACCAAAAAAUUCAUAGACUUAUAAAAAGAUAUGUGUGCAAAAGUUUGAUUUUUUCCAAUAAAACAAAUGUAGAAUUUUUCGAAAAAAAUAUUGAAAUGUAUGAACAAAUAAAAACAUAUAAUAGUUUUAAAGAAUUAAUAAAAAAUAGUUCAUUUAUUCAUACAUUAAAUUGUGAACUUAAAAAAUGUGUACAUGAAUAUAAAUAUUAUAACUUAAUUGAUUUAUUCGAAUUUUAUACAAUUUUUGAAAUAAAAAAAAAAGGAAUAAUUAAAAGAUUUAUAAAUGAAAUUGAUAAAUAUAUAAAUAUAAUGAAAUAUGGAUAUCAUGCUAAAGCAUUAAUUUUAUUUAGUUUAAAUAAAAAAUAUUUAGAAGAAGAAAAUGAAAAAAUUGUUAGAAAAUUAGUAAGAAGAAUACCACAUAUGUUAAAUUUUUAUUGGCCUAUUGAAUUUAUAAUUGAAAUAAUUAUUGCUUGUUCAUAUUUUCAAUGUAAAGAUAAAAUUUAUAAACAAUUAUUUUUAUAUUUAAAAAAUAAUAUUAAAAAAUCUGCUCAUCCAAUUAUUAUAAUUAAUUUAUUAAAAUCAAUGUCUAUUAUAAAUAAAAUUAAUUUUACUAUUUUCCACCAAAUUAUGAAUUAUAUAAAAUAUGAUAUAAAAAAAAAUAACAAUAAUAAAAUAAAUAUAAAUUAUGUCAUGUACAUGUUAAAAUAUAUGUCUAAGUUAAAAUAUACAGACUCAGAAUUUUUUUAUUUUUUUUUGUCACAAAAUAAUAUUUUUAAACAAAUUAAAGAUUUAUCAAAUGAAUCAUUAAUUAAUUUAUUUUAUCUUAUACAUAAAAAUAUUGAUUAUUUGAAAAAUAAAAAUAAUUUUUUUAUUAAUAAUAUUUAUAUCAAAAAUUCAAUAGCAAAUUUUUAUAUAGAAUAUAUAUUUUAUCUUAUAUUAAAUCGUGAAAACUUUUUUAAUCUCAAAAAAUUCGAAACAAAUAAAAAUAUUUAUGUUCAUGUAGAAGAUAUGAAAUUAAAAUGGCAAAUAGGAAUAAAUAAAUAUGUAACAAUAACAUAUGAUCAAUUUAUGUUCAUAAAUAAUGAAAAGCUUGAUAAAAGACAAAAUGUGAAAGAAAAUACGGCACUAUCUACAGAUGAUAAAGAUGAAAUAUCACGUCCCAAUUUUAGCGACACUAAGGCUAAUGAAAAUGUAAAAAUAGAUCACAUUAAUAUUGCUGAAAAAAAUACAACCGAUUUUGAUGGUAAAAAAUUAGAAGAAUUUGAUGGUAAAAAAUUAGAAGAAUUUCCUGGUAAAAAAUUAGAAGAAUUCCCUGAUAAAAAAUGUUCACAAUUUUCCUUCGAUAUUAACACAUUCAUAUAUUUCUUAAAAGUGUGUACAGAUUUAAAAAUAACAAAUAUAAAUAUUUUGAAUUAUUGUAUAAAUUAUGUACAUAAUCAUUUAAACUUUUUUAAUGAAAAUGAUGUAAUAAUUUUAUUUCAGUUUUUUUCUGAACAGUACAUAAAUUUUUUUUCUUCUAUCCAAGAAUCUCAAAUUCGAAUAUUAUACAGUUAUUUAAAUGAAAUUUUAAGAAAAAAUAUUUUGCAUAUAUAUGAUCAUCAUUUACCACAAUGUGCCUUUUCAGUUAUAUCAUUUUAUUUUGUAGAAAUUGUUUUAAAAAAAAAAAUAUGUCCAACUAAUAUUGAUUUGCUUGAAAUAUCAAUGACAAUGUUGUGUAAUAAAAUGAGAGGAGGAUUAAAAAUAGUUAUCGAACAAUAUGAAACAAAUGAACAAAAAAAAAUAAUCUAUGAAUUGUUAAAUAUAAUAUCACAAAUGUUGCAAAUGUUAUAUAUGACAAUGGAACGAAGGAUGUCUAAUGAAUUGUUUGAUUUUUGUAAAUAUAUUAAAAAAGAAUAUUUUGAAAUAAAUGAAGAUAUAACAAGCGAAAAAGAUCGAGCUAGCCAACAAUUUACUCUUUUUUUAUCUGACUUGUUCAGAAAUAAAAAAAUCGCUCAUUUUGUAAAAUAUUUUUAUUAUCCCUAUAUGAUUGACAUUGUAAUGGAAGAAAACACAAAUGAGGAAUCUCCUGCACACAAAAAAAAAGCUUUAUUUGUAAUUGAUAAUAUCGAAAAUUUAUACUUAAAAAAUGUACAAAUAACCGAAUUUUUCGAACAUUGUAAUUCUGAAAAUGUGGGGGAAAAAAAAAUUGUUUACGAAAAUUGUGCAACUACUUGUUUAAAGCCAUAUUAUUUUUUGAGAGAAUGGUUUUUAAAUAAUAGUGGUUUUUCCAUUUUGUAUGUAUCAAUGGAUGAUUGGAAAAAAAUGUAUAAAUAA